GAGCCAUGCCUGAGAACAAGAGCCCCACAGGAAAAUAGGCAGGAAGCUGCAGCCGAGAUCAGCCAGUGUGGUCCCAGCGCAAGCGGACACUGAGCCAUGGCCACACGAGGCUAUGCCGCGGUGCCUCCUUCCGUCAUCCCGGAGGAUCAGCUUUGCGCUUGGCUGGAGCGGCUGCGACUUACUAGCUACACAGGAAAAGCACGAGACUGGUGCCAGACCAUGGGUGCGGUCAGUGUGCAGGAGAUCCUGGACAACUGGAAGGACUUUGCGGAUUCCUGCAGUCUCAAGCCCUUGGAGCGCCGCCGUGUAGAGAAGGACGCAGUGGCUGCAGGAGGGGAAUCCAGUGCUGCCCCCUCCACGCCCAGCUCAGUGCCGGCUGCCUCAUCGGGCACGAGCCUGAACAACGUGGUGACCAUGGCCCCUGGGUCCGGCGGCACCUAUUUCGGCCCGCCGGAUGACCCCAAGCGCUACACCAUGCUCGAGGAAUUGGGCACGGGUGCCACUGCGACGGUUUGCAGGUGCAUGAAGUCUGACGGCACGCAGUUUGCAGUAAAGAGCAUCAACCUCGGGAAGCUGAAGUUGCAGCCCAAUUACCAGAAAGUCUCGGAUAAGCUGCACAGAGAGGUGUCCAUCCUCUUCUCGCUGCGGCAUCCGAGAAUCGUGUCUCUCUUUGACGUCGUGGAAGGCCGCGAUCAGUUGCAUUUGGUCAUGGAACUGGUGGAGGGCGGAGAGCUCUUUGACCACAUUGUUCAAAUGGGCGCUUUCACUGAAUCAGUCGCCCGUUACGUUUUUAUCCAAAUAGCGGAUGGCUUGAAAUACAUCCACUCCCAGGACAUUGUGUACCGAGACCUGAAGCCAGAGAACAUCCUGGUGGACUCGAAGGGCUCGCGCCGGGGCCUGCUGGAGAUCAAACUUUCGGACUUCGGGCACUCGAAGCUCAUCAACGACGGCUACAGUACUGCACUCACGCGGGUGGGGACUCCGCAGUACUGGGCCCCGGAGGUGUCGGAUCCCGCGAAGGCGGCUCAGGGCUACAACCAGCGAGUGGACCUUUGGUCCCUGGGUGUGGUUCUCUAUGUCAUGCUCGUGGGGGCCUAUCCUUUCGAUGGCAUUGGAGAGUCCAUUGACUUGCAGAUCCGCAAGGCCAAUGUGACCUUCCCCAAUGACUCGAGGAAGCCUAGCCAGUACGCGCAAGACUUGAUCCGAGCCUUGAUCAAGGCUCGGCCUCAGGAACGGCUAAGCAUUGACGGGUGCCUGAACCAUCCCUGGAUCACUAGCUGUGGCGGGACGCUGUCGAAAAUCAUUAAGCUUUGCACGGAGAAGGAGCACGCAGCCACGGAGGAGAGGCUACCUUUGCCCGUGGAGCCCUCCAAGGACCAAGUCGAGGCGCUGCGCCGGGACUUGCAGCUCUGGACUCGGAAGUUCCGUUGCGCCGCUACCGUCAAGCACGGGGAGGUAGUGGCCAACAUGCAGCUGGGCUUAGCCGAGGAGGACAGGAACAAGGCGCGGCAGGAGCUGCAGGGCAUUCUGCAGCACCAUUUCCCAGGCCAAGCGAUUGGAUCCUCCACAAGAGGAGGACCCACAGCGAAGCUUGCAACGGUGCCGGAGGAGCGGCAACCCAAGAAGACGCCCUUCCGCCUUGUCACACACACCUUGAAGGUCUCCAGCACGGACGGCGCGGGGCUGGGCCUCGACCCAGAGACCGGGGGCAUGCGCAUCGUCCAGGUGUAUGAAAAGCCUGGACAGCCUGGGCUUGUGGUGGGGGACCUCAUCAUCAAGAUCGAUGAGGUGUCACUCCGCGGAAAUCCAGACCAGGUGGAGCAGAUCUUCGGCAACCACUUCGGUGACGGAGUGCUGUUGACCAUCAAAAGAGAUCAGAGAUGAGUUUCGCCGCGCCAGCCAGCUGGGUGUGUCUUCUAAGGGCACCCUGUGCCCGC